AAAUAAAACUCCAGAAUGAUGCUGUCCGAGCAAGCCCAAAAGUGGUUUCCAACCCACGUGCAGGUCACGGUGCUCCAAGCUAAAGAUCUGAAGCCAAAAGGCAAAAGUGGCACCAAUGACACAUACACCAUAAUUCAGUUGGGCAAAGAGAAGUAUUCUACAUCUGUAGCAGAGAAAACGCUGGAGCCUGUCUGGAAGGAGGAGGCCUCCUUUGAGUUGCCAGGGUUGCUCAUGCAGGGCAACCCAGAGAAAUACAUUCUUUUUCUCAUAGUGAUGCACAGGUCCCUAGUGGGACUGGAUAAGUUUUUAGGGCAGGUGGCAAUCAAUCUCAAUGACAUCUUUGAGGACAAACAAAGAAGGAAAACAGAGUGGUUUAGAUUAGAAUCCAAACAAGGAAAGAGAAUCAAAAACAGGGGUGAGAUAAAGGUCAAUAUUCAGUUUAUGAGAAACAAUAUGACAGCAAGCAUGUUUGACUUGUCAAUGAAGGAUAAGACGAGAUCGCCUUUUGCAAAAUUGAAAGAUAAGAUGAAAGGGAGAAAAAAUGACGGGACCUUCUCUGAUACAUCUUCUGCAGUCAUUCCAAGCACACACACGCCUGAUGCCAACACUGAGCUCUCAAGCAGUGAGACACAGAUGAAAUCCAAACCGAAAAAGCCUUUUCUUUUGGGUCCCCAGCGGCUCUCUUCUGCCCACUCGAUGUCUGAUUUAACUGGGUCCCACUUGUCUUCUGAAAAACUGAAGUCCAGUGCUAUAGGUCCGACGCAUCUUCUCAGUCGCCAGAUAGAUUCCUUCGGCAUUGUUCCAGAAAGUGGAAGUCUCAAGUCUCCACACAGAAGAACACUAAGCUUUGAUACUUCUAAACUGAACCAACCUGGCAGCAUUGUGGAUGAAGGAGAACCCUCCUUUGGAAGACAGAGUGACCCAUUUAUAAAUGUGACUGCUUCAUUACCCCAAAAGUUUGCAACACUGCCAAGGAAGAAGAAUCCAUUUGAAGACAGCAGUGAGUCAUGGGACAGCAGUGCGAAUUUAUUUUCAAAGCCGAUUGAAGUAAGGAAAGAGAGUAAGAGAGAGAAAAGAGAGAAAGUAAGCCUCUUUGAAAGAGUGACCGGGAAGAAAGAUAGCCGAAGAUUGGAGAGGCUUAACAAUGCGGGACCUGAUAGCCCCUGUGACUUGAAAUCACCUAUUGCGUUUAAUGAAAAUCGGCAGGACUAUUUUGAUUAUGAGUCAACCAAUCCGUUUACAGCAAAAUUCAGGGCUUCAACUAUAAUGCCAUCUUCAAGUUUUCAUAUGAAUCCAACAAGCAGCGAAGACCUCAGGAAAAUCCCGCAGGUCUGCAUUUCAUUCCAGGACAACAAUCCUUUCGAUGCCACAGCUGGGUACCGGAGUCUGACCUACGAAGAGGUGCUGCAGGAGCUGGUGAAGCACAAAGAACUUCUUCGGAGGAAGGACACCCACAUCCGGGAGCUAGAGGACUACAUUGACAACCUCCUUGUCAGGGUGAUGGAGGAGACACCCAGCAUCCUGCGAGUGCCCUACGAGCCAUCCAGGAAAGCUGGCAAGUUCACCAAUAGCUAGUGGAGCCAACAGGGCUGUGCUUAUAGCUGAGAAGGGAGAGGGAGAGGGAAUAAGACAGAAGGGAAGGAGAGCGGGAGUGUGAUACUGGCAGAGUCCACACUGCCAGGCUUCACCUCCCCUCCUCCAUCAGUGGGACACGAGUUGGUCCUGUACAUACUCACAGGUAUUGUCUAGACUUUGGGGUGAGUAAAGCACUCUACACUCUGACACUUGAAAACAGGCCAUGCCUUGAUGAAUGAGCAGUUCCAUGGCACCAUAUGGAUGCUGGUUCUGGACCCCUGCCUGCCAUAGGCCUGGAAAUACCUUCAAUAGCCCAUGAGUUAUUCCUCAGGAAUAGAUUCCAUAAAGCAGAGCUGAUACUGUUGUUGGAUUCUUAGAAGUCAGUGUAGACACACUUAGCAUCAGGAACACUUCUGGUUAUAAACACUACUAAAAAAAACAUAGCAAGUCCCUCAUAUAUGUAUGUUCCUGUGUCUCUGUGUAUAAAGUACAUGCAUAUACCUCAUAUGUACGUGUGUUUUUAAGACAUUUAAAGAUGAGUGGUUGUCUCUAAGGUUAGGAUUCGGAUCUCGUGGUUUAAAAUGCGCUUUUGCAUAUCCACCAAGGACUGCUGGUCACCAGGACCACCCCAUCUCGAUGGAGAAUCUGCUUCAAUCCUCUCCUAAUUCUCUGAAACCUGAGUUUGAAGGGAUUCACUGCACCCAACUCCAUCCUUCAACAUCAGCCCCUCACCCCCAAGCCCUGUGCCCCAAAACGUGAUGAUCCCAAAUCUUUUCAAGGAAUGACAAUAUUUAGGGCUCUAUAUUCUUUCCACAGGAGCAUGGAUUUCUUCAGCUGGUUCUCUCAUGGUAGUUGAGACUAUGGGAAAUGUAAACAGGAGAUAGGCUAGUACAGUUUGUUCUACUUUGGAUCAUGAGCAAAGACAACAGCUAAGUUAUAUCAUAAAAUGAGCUGGGGAGUGAGGGGCUGGCUGUCUGUUGCCAGAUAACCCAAGGCAACAGCACGUUGUAGGAAUGGAGGGCUUGGCUUCAGUUUCAUCAGCAGUAGAACAGAUGGUUGCCUUUGAGCCCUGAUCCAGAGACUCACCGCAGCAGUUGGGUGUGGAGAGCAGCCCUUCAGCAGCAUCAUAGCACAGGGCACCCCAGUCUACCCACCCGCGAGGAGUUGAUGUGUCACCACAUUAUGUGGUCUUUGUGUAAGCCCGCCUCCAUAGAAUGGUAGUUCCUGUGUGGAUUUGCCUUGUGUAUUUGUAGAAGAUUAUCCUAAAUUUUAAAGUGAAAAGUGAUGAGGUAAGAAUAUUGCUGAUCUCCGCCAGUGUUUCAGCCUCAGUCAGGCAGACUUUGUGAACUGGGAGUGAAAGACUGCAUAGAGAGGACAAAGUGAGUGUGUCCUCAGCCCUGUGGUGACUUCACUGAAAGUUAGAUGAAAGCAGAGGCUGCAGUUUUGCUGAUUUUCAUAUUUUUAGUCACAAAAUCCCUUUUUAUCUGUAUCUUCUGAGUUUCUGUGGUUUUCUAGAAAACAUGGGUUUUGAAGUGAAUUUUUCCCAAAUACACACUUAGAUACUUUUCUACAGUUAAAACAGAGAAGGAAAAAUGGCUUUUUAAAAUCAAUUUUUCUCCCACUUAUAAUUAAAGCGAUUCUAUAACAAACUUCAAAGGCUAGUAUAGAUUUGAUUUUCCCACGUGAGAUCCUGGUAAAUAUUAUUUUGAAAUGGUGCCAUUUAAAAUUAACAUAUAUUAGACGUUACCAAAUCUUUAAAAUUCUUAGCAUAGUUUCACCAUGUCAUUGCUGAGACUUGAACUUUUUAGAGCACCCAGAUCUGUGUCCUCAGCUUUGUGACAGAUACCUGCAGGUGUAGUGCUGCGCACUAGCCAAGCGAACUCAAGCUGUCGUCUGUUUUACCCUGGGAAUAAGUUUUCCAUAAAUCUCAUCUGAAAAGCACGAUUCAAAUGAUACCGCCCUUCUUAUGAGCAGUAAGUUAUAAGCCACAGUUUUCUCCUCUAUAAGAAUCUGUGUCUGUGGACUCAUCUGCCCUUGGUGACUGGCUAGGCUGACGGGUAUUUUCCUCUUGAGAAUCUAAAAUGAAGCUUUGUCCAGUGGCAGUGAGGUUUAUUUAAGGCACAGUUAUUGUUCCCACAUUAAAAACAAAAGUCUAAGACAAAUAAAAAGUAUCCAUUUACACUCCAUAAAAUGUUGUGUGCACUCGUGAACUUAAUGUUUUUAUCAUAGUCAACAUAACAAACUUAGAAAUAAAACAAGUGAUAUAUAGCAUGUGGCCGUGCCUGGACCUAAGUGUGGGCUGGGAACUAUAGAAAGAAGGCCAAGUAGAUGAUUGGUUUAUUUUCCAAAUGUCACACAAAAUAUUCUAGUGGUUUAUUUUUAUAUUAACUUAGAUGUGGAAAUAAAAUGUAUGUUUCAGUAAACAAUGCAUGCAUAAUAGGUUUUUAAAGGAUAUUUUAUUUCUACUUUUAGCCUAAAGAUACAUGCUCAAAACCACUUGUACUGACAAGAAGAUUUUUUUUUUUUUAAAUCACAGACUCAACCCUUCUCUCAAGCCUGAUUUAAGCUAACACACUUCUGUUACAUAAUAGUAUUUUACAGCCAGUGUCUCCCAGUUCUAAACUCAGCUUGACAGUAUUGCUACAUCACCCAGCUUCUGGGACUUGUGUAUUCCUCGAACACCAAGGCCAUUGCUUAGACUUGUAUAUAAGAUGCCAUGUAACCCAUUAAUGGUAAGUGUUGGAAGCAUUGCCUUUUGCUGCCGUGUUCUGCAUCUGCCCUCCUCCCACGAAUGUAGUAUUAUUCAUAGAUUAUACAUAAGUAUGUGUAUUGCUUUUGGCAGUAAAUCAAGAUCUAGUUGUAAUUUUCCAGCUGUGAAAAUGUCACCUUGUAUUUAAAAGGGUUUCACGAGUGGAAACCUAAGUAAAUAAGCUCAUUAGUGACAGCCCUGCUUUUCCAUGUCCCCUACCAUCUCCCCACUCCUGCUUAACCCCCGCCCAAGUGAGUGUCUAUUCGUGAACAAGGAGAAUCUUAAACAAAAAAUAAAAUGGAAGACAUGCUGUCGCUAAGUAUCUAUCUGUAGUAACUAACUGUUACACUAAAGCUUUUUUUUUUCCUGGAUAGCUUUAUCUCCUCCCCCACCUCCUCCCAAUAAAAGCAGCUUCCCUUGGAUUGGGAAAGCAAGUGACAACUCUUUGCCACGUGUGUGCUCAUCGUUCAUAAAGGUGUAGUCGGUGUCACUCGUGUGUGGGUGAGGUGCGAGCAUGCCCAGUCAUUUCAUCUUUUCAGCAGACGGAAGGGCUGUACCGUAAGCUCGUGGUGGCCUGGAGAGGGUCUGCCAGCACACACCGAGAGCCCCAUCUUCACAGAUUCAUAACUCUAAUAAUCCAGACGCUGUCCCUGGAAGUAUUUAAUAUGCAAUAGGUAGCACCUUCACUAAUUAAUCUGCAUACGAAGGGCUUCCUGAUGUAUUUAAUAAGAUGUGUAGAAGCUCUUCAAGCAUUAAACUAAAGUUGACGUUUUAUUUCAUUUACUUUUCCCUGUCAAAAAAAAGAAAAAAAAAAUCAACCCUUACAAUGGAAUUGAAAUCUGUCCCCUAAUGAUACAUUUGGGCCUUUUAAUUUAUGGAGCUUCUAGAUUGUAUGUACUGUGAGGAAUUAAAAAAAAAAAUGCUGCAGAUCUAGAAAUGUAUGUUCUUAGCGAGUGUUGGAAUGAUGUUAGCAUUGUUUAUAAUUGAAGAGUAUCACCCCUACCUUUUUAAGUAAAUGCUUAGCAAGUCAUAUACAUUUUUGCAGGUACAAAAGUAUAUAAAUAUCGUAUAAUGUGACAGUUGUAUAACUUACGUAAUCUGAUGCAUGAGUCAGAAUUUUUAUAUAUGAUAAUUGAUUUGUUAUAAUUGAUUAAAGUGUUUAAACUU